CUUUUAUCCAGAUUUUGGGGUGUAUUUAUAAAGAAGACCGCAGAGGACGCUCUAUUUCACUCUCACAUCACAUCACAUGUACAGGCGGAAACCUUGCAAAGUGCGAAACUACGUGCAAGAACACCAAACAUAGAGGAAAAGAGGACUGUUAAAAAGGUCAUGUCUUCCAUAAAAGUCGAAUGUGUUAUCAAAGAAAAGAACGAAGUUGGUGAGAGUCCAGUCUGGGAGGAGAAGGACUCCUCUUUGUUGUAUGUUGAUAUUACGGGUCGAAGGAUCAGCCGGUGGAACUCUCUGACCAGUCAAAUAGAAAGUAUUUCCACAGAGCAAUUUGUAGGUUCUGUGGUUCCACGGCAGGCAGGUGGUUACGUCAUCGCGGAGGGAACUCGGUUUGCAUUUGUUGACUGGGUAAAGCGUUCAAUUACAGCUGCUGCCCAUGUCAAUGACAAGGAAAAACCAAACACCCGCUUCAAUGAUGGAAAAGUAGAUCCAGCUGGCAGGUUUUUUGCAGGUACCAUGUGUUCGGAAAUGAAGCCUGACGUGAUGGAUGCGGCGCUGUACACCCUCCAUCCUGACCACUCUGUUGUCCAGCAGUUUGGCCAAGUGCGCAUCUCCAAUGGUUUGGACUGGUCACUGGAUCACCGCACCUUCUAUUACAUCGACAGUCUGGCGUUCAUGGUGGAGGCCUUUGAUUACAACAUCCAGACUGGAGGGCUAUCUAACCGCAGAAUGGUUUACAAGAUGGAGAAAGAUGAAGGCAUACCAGACGGGAUGUGCAUAGAUACAGAGGGCAAACUGUGGGUUGCCUGCUUCAAUGGAGGAAGAGUGCUGCGUAUCGACCCACAAACAGGCACACGGCUGCAGACAGUGAAACUACCAGCUGAGAAAACCACCUCAUGCUGUUUUGGAGGGAAGGACUACACUGAUCUGUACGUCACCUCAGCAUAUACAGGCAUGGAUUCAGAUUCACUGGCUAAGCAACCUCAGGCCGGAUGCACAUUUAAGGUGUCUGGUUUAGGAGUGAAGGGCAUCCCACCAUAUUCAUAUACUGGAUGAAAACAAAGGAAAAAGUGAUGUUAAUGAAAACAUCAUGAUCAUUUUGCUGUCACAAUACUACAACAAUGUUCUAAUUGUGCAAUCAGUGAUAUAACUUUAUAUAAUAUAGAAAGAGCUCAUUUCAGAUGAUUUAGGGUCCAUUCACACAGAAUGUGUUUUGCAUUCAACUGCGCUGCUUUUCCAUUGUUUUUCUAUGCAAACAUGCGCAAAACAGACGUGUUUGACCAUUGCGCUCGUGUCUUGUGUCUUUGACACAGUGUCUCGCGCAUGACACGGUGUUCUAAAAACUUGGCGCUCAAGUAAAAGUUUAACUUUUUAAAAAAUGCACAUCCCCACUGACCUGCGCCUUGCAUUAAGCCCAAAAACACGUUCUUAGAUAUAAGAAGCAGUUUGCCUAAAUGACUAAAAUUAAAGAUGAAAUUGCAUGAUUUAUGUGAAAUAAUUUAUUGUUUACAUUAACUACACCAAGAGCAAUCUGUGACUGUGCAAGUUUUAGGAAAUGAUUGCAAGUGAUGAAUUUUAAUGAAUGCUUGUAAUGUAUAUUAACCAUAAACUUGAUGCUUGUUUAGCUGUGCUGCUGAAGGGAGGUACUGAAUUAAGUCAAACAAGCAUGAUUUUAAAACGUUAGCUUUACGUUAUAAACAAAUGUCAAAAUGACACACCAUUCACAACCUAUUUUACUUCCCAAAUCUGUAUUUCAGAUUUGAUUUUAUCUACUGGGAACUGAUUGGACUGGAAAAAGUAGUUGUUAUAUACCAGAAUGGUGGUUGGAUCCCAGAGGCUGGAAAGCUGAAAAGUCAUUUCAGACCAUGCAUUAAGAGAAUGAAAAGGGUGAAUAGGGUCAGAUUCAUGUUGACUUUGAGGAUACUAAAUAAACCUACAGGUUUUGGUGCAAAGGUUGAAUAGAUUCAUUUGUUUUGUUUGUUUUGCUGUAUUUGUGAAUAACCUGAAAUUAAAAAAAAAACUGUUUCUAAUUCAGUAAAAA